AUGAUGUCCCGCUCGGGCCAAUCGACUGAAAAGGCCGUAAUGCCGUUCAACCAUGAUGAAUAUGCUGCUGGUGACAACAAAGCUGUCAGCGACACGGAUGACAUGGGCGUUGGAACGGUCGCAACACCACCGAAUUUUGACCAUGUUGAUGAAAAGAAGAUUCUUUGGAAGAUGGAUAUCCGGUUGAUCCCCAUGCUGGCGCUCCUCUACCUUCUCUCAUUUCUUGACCGCGGAAACAUUGGCAAUGCAGACGUCGAAGGCCUCAGUGUCGAUCUCGGCAUACAACCAGACCAGUACAACUGGUGCCUCACCGUCUUCUUCUUCACCUACGCGGCGUUCGAAGUCCCCUCCAACCUGCUCCUCAAGAAGCUCCGCCCUAGUCGCUGGUUGCCCACCAUCAUGGUAGCAUGGGGGCUCGUCAUGACGCUCAUGGGCUUGGUUCAAAACUACCACGGCCUCUUGAUUGCGCGCAUCUUUUUGGGCGUCACUGAAGCCGGCCUCUUUCCCGGCGUAGCUUAUUACCUGACAAUGUGGUACUGCAGACACGAAAUCCAGUUUCGCCAGGCGCUCUUCUUUAGCGCUGCUUCCGUGGCUGGUGCUUUCAGCGGCCUGUUGGCAUUUGCAAUCAGCAAGAUGAACGGCACCGCGGGGCUCGAAGGCUGGCGAUGGAUCUUUAUCCUCGAGGGAAUUGCCACCGUUCUCGUCGCGUUUUGCGCCUUCUUCCUGAUCCAUGACUUUCCCGACACGGCGUCGUUUUUGACCGAGGAUGAGAAGGCGUUUGUGAUUCAUCGCCUCAAGUAUCAGGGCCAGACCAUGAUGGCCGGUGGCGAUGCCGAGAGGCAGGGAAGAGCGCAGGUGGAGCAGGCUGAGGAGUUUGAAUGGAAGUAUGUCUGGCAGGCGUUCAAGGACUGGCAGAUUUGGGUGAAUAUCCUCGUGUACUGGGGUAUUGUCUGUCCACUCUACGGAAUCAGCUUGUUCCUGCCGACGAUUAUCAAGAGCUUGAACUAUUCCAAAACGGAAGCGCAGCUCAUGACGGUCCCGAUUUACAUCACUGCUGCGAUAUUGGCCGUCAUUGUUGCCUUUUGCUCUGAUCGAGUCGGCAAACGGAGCCCGUUUGUGAUUGGAUUCAUGUGCAUGAUGCUGGUGGGAUUCACAAUGUGCCUUGCCUCGAGCAACCCCAAGGUCGUGUACGGCGGUGUUUUCGUCGCCGCAUGUGCGAUUUACCCUGCGUUCCCUGGCAUCAUCGCCUGGCUGUCGAACAACUUGUCCGGCAGCUACAAACGCAGUGCGGGCAUGGCCUUGCAGAUUGGUAUCGGUAAUCUCGGGGGUGCCAUGGCAUCGAAUUUUUACCGAAAGAAGGACAAGCCUCGCUACUUCCUGGGUCACGGCCUGGAAAUCGGCUUCAUUGUGCUGGGGAUCGCUGCGGCAUUUAUUCUCGUCCUGGGCUAUAGGCGGCUCAAUCGCAAGAGGGAGAGACAGUUGGCUGAGGGGCAGGACAAGAACUACACUGCGGCUGAAUUGUCGGCGCUGGGAGACAAGGCGAUUACAUUUAGAUACAUGUAUUAG